CCGCUGCACCGGAAAACAAAAGUACUGCUACUGUUCGCCUGAAAACCUGCUGUGUAAUCUUAGCUUUAACACUCACCGUAUAGAUUUAUUUAAAGAAAGCAGUCAUGCCUGACUAUUUGGGUUCUGAGCAACGCAAAGUUAAAGAGGAGGAAAAGGAGGACAAACCAAUUCGAGCCUUGGAUGAAGGAGAUAUUGCACUCCUAAAAACAUAUGGCCAAAGCACUUAUUCCAGACAGAUCAAACAAGUGGAAGAUGAUAUUCAAUCCCUUCUGAAGAAAAUAAAUGAGCUCACAGGCAUUAAAGAAUCUGAUACAGGUCUGGCUCCUCCUGCAUUAUGGGAUCUGGCAGCAGACAAACAGACUCUGCAGAGUGAACAGCCUCUGCAGGUUGCCAGGUGCACCAAGAUAAUCAACGCCGACUCUGAGGAUCCAAAGUACAUCAUUAAUGUGAAACAGUUUGCCAAGUUCGUAGUGGACCUGAGCGACCAGGUUGCUCCCACUGACAUUGAAGAAGGAAUGAGAGUUGGUGUCGACAGGAAUAAGUAUCAGAUCCACAUUCCCCUGCCACCCAAAAUUGAUCCCACUGUCACCAUGAUGCAGGUGGAGGAGAAACCUGAUGUGACCUAUAGUGAUGUUGGAGGAUGCAAAGAGCAGAUAGAGAAGCUCAGAGAAGUGGUUGAGACCCCUCUUCUCCAUCCGGAGCGUUUUGUAAACCUGGGCAUUGAGCCUCCAAAGGGUGUGUUGCUGUUCGGGCCCCCUGGUACUGGAAAGACCCUGUGUGCCCGAGCCGUGGCUAACCGCACUGAUGCCUGCUUCAUCAGGGUCAUCGGAUCCGAGCUGGUUCAGAAGUAUGUUGGAGAGGGUGCCAGGAUGGUUCGUGAAUUGUUUGAGAUGGCGAGAACCAAGAAAGCCUGUCUAAUCUUCUUCGAUGAAAUUGAUGCUAUUGGAGGUGCCCGUUUUGAUGAUGGAGCUGGAGGUGAUAAUGAAGUGCAGAGGACUAUGCUGGAGUUGAUCAAUCAGCUUGAUGGCUUCGAUCCAAGGGGAAACAUUAAAGUCUUGAUGGCCACCAACAGACCGGACACAUUGGAUCCUGCUCUUAUGAGACCCGGUCGACUGGACAGAAAGAUUGAGUUCAGCCUGCCCGACCUAGAAGGUCGUACUCACAUCUUUAAGAUCCAUGCUCGCUCCAUGAGUGUUGAGAGAGAUAUCCGCUUUGAGCUGUUAGCACGUCUUUGUCCAAACAGCACAGGUGCUGAGAUUCGCAGUGUGUGCACAGAGGCAGGCAUGUUUGCCAUCAGAGCUCGCAGAAAAAUCGCUACGGAGAAAGAUUUUCUGGAGGCCGUGAACAAAGUCAUCAAAUCCUACGCCAAGUUCAGCGCCACCCCUCGCUACAUGACUUACAACUAAAUGUUUUUUCCCGUAUGCGUUUGUUUUCUGACUGAUAGUGGAUCCUAAGUGGAUUUUCAUGUUUCUGUGAUAUUAUUGAACUAAUAAAACAUCCAUAUUACACUU